AUGCCCCAAAGGCAUCAAACACAGCCAAAGCUCUCUCUGUCUCUCUCAACAGAAGAAGGGAGAAAGAACUACCUCUGCCUCAUAACUCAACAAAUGGGUUGUGGGGAAUCAAAGCAUCAAGUCGUCACAGGAAAUACCGUUAACAAAAACAACAAAUCAAAAGCUGAUGAUACCUUUGCUGAAACCAAUCCUGAAAAGCCCACAAGUGGCACAAACACAAACACAAACACCUUGUCUCCACAACAAGAAAGCAGAAAUCUAAAUGGUAAACCUGCCUCUGAGGGUACCCAUGUGAGAAAAAGUGAAAUUGCAAACGUAAUCCCUGUCUUUGGGGAUGAAAAUUUGAAAGAAACCCACAAAGCAGACAAGGUUCCUGAUGAUUUGCCUCUGGAAAAAACACAAAAUGACAACGUCGGUUCUGGGGAUGACAAUGUGAAGGAGACCAAAAAUGUGGAGCCUGUGGGGGAUGAGAGAGAGGGAGGUGAUCAGAAAGGUGAUGAAUUUGGGGAAACUAUUGAGGAGAUCAUCUCCGAGGGAAUGUCAGGGACAUCUGUGUAUUACUCUCCACAUGCCAUUGCCAAGACGAAUGCUCCUGAAGAGAACACGAAGUUGGAUAAUGCAGUGGAGAAAGAAGCAGUUGAAGAAACAAAACCAGAAACAAAGAAUGAAGAGGCUGUCAAUACGGCCGAAGGAAAUCCAGUGAAAGAAGAAGCAGCAAAGCCAACCAUUGCAGCAACAGAGGCAGCCAACAGUGCCUUGGAAGAAAAUGUUCCGAGUGCUAAUGAGGAACAUGUGAAUGAAGCAUCAGCUAAAGAUCUGAAGAAGAAUUGA